CUGCACUUCCGCUGCCCAUGACACCGGAGCGAAGUUCUGACAGCUGGUUCACAAAUCAGCUAACAGCCCCAGUCCAGCCUCCUAAUCCCGGGUUCUGAGGGUGUUUGGAGCCGGACGAGCUGCCGUGAUCGUGAGCAGGUGCUGAGCCCGGAGGAGCUGAGUAUGGUGUAGCAGGAGCUAGCUCAGCAGCAGACAUUGAGGAGCAGUGCAGCACAGUGCGCCGUGGGUCAGACAGGCAUAUCACUGCAGCGUAGCCAUGCUUACGUUGGCCAGCAAGUUGAAAAAGGACGAUGGAGGAAAGACGGGCCGUGUCUCUGGAGCCGCAGACUCCACCCACAGGGUCUCCAUCAGAGACAGACUCCUUACCAAAGAAGUUGCAGAACUUGAAGCCAAUCUCCCUAGUACAUGCAAAGCCAGUUUCCCUGAUGAGAAUAAACUGCAUCAGUUUCAGCUGGCUGUGUCUCCAGAUGAGGGUUACUACCAAAGUGGAAGGUUUCAGUUUGAAGUAGAUGUCCCUGAAGCCUAUAACAUGGUGCCUCCUAAAGUCAAAUGUCUGACCAGAAUAUGGCAUCCUAAUAUCACAGAGAACGGAGAGAUCUGUUUGAGCUUAUUGCGGGAACAUUCAAUUGAUGGCACAGGCUGGGCACCCACAAGAACAUUAAAGGAUGUUGUCUGGGGAUUGAACUCGUUGUUUACAGACCUGUUGAACUUUGAUGACCCUCUGAACAUCGAUGCUGCAGAACAUCAUCUGAGAGACAAGGAGGAUUUUCGAAAUAAAGUUCAAGAUUACAUCAAGCACUACGCCAGAUGAUAGAAACACCGUCUACCGACGUCCGCCUGCACCAACCAAACUGCUCUACCUUGCCUCUGCUUCAUCUGGUUGACUCCUCCAUGUUUGUGAAUCCGCAGAAGACUCUUUGACUCCCGCCGCUCCCCUCCUCCCGACACCACAGCCUCGCCGACGCCCCUCUGUUCGCCCACUUGCAAUAAACUUCACAUUGCAAGAUUUCAAUAAAGAAAUGAUGAUGAAAAGAAAAAAGAACAUGAAUGCUUUUGAAGGAAGGACUUGCAAAUGAAAAAUAUGCUUUAAUUAUGUCUUUCAGUUGAGUGUGACAAUGUCCACAAUGUGUCCAAUGGGGAAAUAUCAAUGAAUUACGCCGCCUUCCUGUUGGGAACAAGCUACAGCAACGCACAGAGAGAGUCUGACUCCAAGACGAGACGAGAAGUCACACUUUGCUGUUUUAAAAAAAUAAGAAAAUCAAGAGAGAGAACAUCGGUUGCUAUGGGUUCUCCGUUCCAGUGCCUGCAUCGUUUGUCGCUUAAGAGAAAUUGCAUGGAAGUUUGCAAACAUAUACACGCACAGAACACACACACAGACUGUCUAAUUCUGUUGUAAAAAAAAAAAAAAAAGGUCAGCGUUCAUUGUGCGCGCACACGAACAGAUUUUUAAGUCACAAAACUCUCAAGUUGAAAAGCCUGCUAUCCCAUUAGACAGCAUGUGAAUGAUCUCGCUGGCCACGUUGACUGUCGUACGCACAUCCUGUUUCUUUAAGCUCCAUAAAAUACUGCCAUAAAAACAACGGCCACAUGUUUUAUUUUUCAGUUUCACCUUUUUAUUUUCACUGCGACACUCUUCUCACCUUUAAUUUUUAACUUUGUAUCUUCUGCUCACACCCACGCCAUUGGGUGUUCCCUUUUCACACUGAGGAUGGAGCGUUUCUUUCGUGCAAACAGUGCAGUCAGAAAGUGUCCUGACACAUUUAUGGCAAGUUGUCUCCCUAUUAAGGUGCUAUGAGUUUAAAAUGUUCAACAUCCAGAGUUACAUGCAGUGGCAUUAACGGUGAGAUGAUGUCACAUGUAAGAUAUGACCUCAUUAACUGCAUUUUGACAAAUAUCUCAGUUAACAAAUGUAAAUGAUUAUGUAUGAGAGAGGAAUAAAAGUAAAAAUAAAACAUGGAACGAUAGAUUCAAGAAGUUUCAAUGCCCUGUUUGAGCACGCCUCUGAUGAUUUGAGCUUAAUGUUUUUAAACUGCUAUUUCCCUCAGCACCAGUCUAAGCAUAAAGGCAUAAAAAAAAAGUGGGAAACUUUAAAAACCACUCUGCUCACUGCAUGUAAUACACUGGCUUCAUUGUGUGCCAGCAGAGUUUCCUCUUCCUGCUGAUGGUCCAUAUUAAGGUCUAUGUAGGAGCCAAAACAGAAUGUAUGUUUUUGUUAAAGGAAUAUUUAUAAUUCCACCACUCCCCAUAUUUUUGGUUGUAGCUCAUUGAUUUGUUUUGGCAGUUUGGCCACUGAUUGGCAGCUUGUCCACACCCAUGGUAAUUGUGGUAAAUGUGGUAAUUGCAUUAAAAUAUGAGUCUUCAAAACAAGAAUAAAGUGGCUGGCUGUAAAGGUUUAUAGUAAUAAAAGCUGCAGUAACUACAGGAUGGACCCAGAGCUUUGGCACUAUGUUAAUAACUUUUUUAUUGUUGCUCUAACAGUUAAUACAGGAAACCUCCAGUGAAUUUAAACAUUUUUUAGGACACAGCACUCAAAUUUGUUGGAAUCUGGCCUAUGUAGAGCGUGUUAAGUGUAUGUUGGCUCUCAAGGUGGCUGCUAAUGUGGACGUUUAUGCUCAUGGGGGAAGUACACCACUUAUAUAGUGGAGGGAGCUAUAGUACUUCUAAUAUUGUAUUUACCUUAAUAUAUUGGUUUUUUAACCUGAUUUGCAUUUACAAACCACAAUGAAUCAUUAAACACUGCUUUUGUACUGUCACAAUAUGCAGGCAGAGACCACGUAAAGUGGAAGGAAAUUGCUAUCCAGGCUAUUACUGUUUUGCUAUUCUAUGCAAUUUGGUGAUGCCAUCUUUAAUCACAUCAAGUUUGCAAAGUCUUCCCACAUACGUGGGGCAAAGUAUUUAGUCAGACAUCAGUUGUGCAAGUUCUCCCACUUAAAAAGAUAAGAGAGGCCGGAAAUUUUUAUCACAGGUAUAUCUCAACUAUGAGAGACAAAAUGAAUUCUUUUUUUUUUUUUUUAAAUCCAGAAAAUCACAUCUGAUUUUAAAGAAUGUAUUUGCAAAUUAUAGUGGAUAUUAAGUAUUUGGUCAAUAACAAAAGUUCAUCUCAAUACUUUGUUAUAUACCCUUUGUUGGCAAUGACAGAGGUCAAAGGUUUUCUGUAAGUCUUCACGAGGUUUUCACACACUGUUGUUGGUAUUUUG